GAGUCGAACCGUGCUCAAUGGGAUGGGUCCGGGUGCCAUGCUCACUCAGGUAUGAGCCUCGGGAUGUUGCGGUGUAUUGAUGGUCAACUAAUAAAGUUAAUAAGAUUGAUUAAAUUUGAUGACCACAACCAAUGGAAGAAGUCAGAAGGGGUCUAAGCGUGUUGUAGACGAUGGACAUGGAAGAGUGUUGGGACUCACCAUUGACUUCUUAGCUACGCCUUGGUCUUGUGGCAUCUUGACAGUGAGUGAUCCCGACGCCGCCCUUUUGUUUUUAAUUCCCUUUUUCUAUGCUUCCGCUCACUCGUCUUUGUUUCUAUGAUUCCUCAAAAUGUCUGAUGCCGGAGAAACCCUCUCCGGUGACGCUCACCGGAACUACCCCGGAAACCUCACUCCCUUUGUCACCGUUACAUGCCUUGUCGCCGCCAUGGGUGGUCUCAUUUUCGGCUAUGAUAUUGGCAUUUCAGGUGGGGUCACGUCGAUGGACUCUUUUCUGGAGAAAUUCUUCCCGGAGUUGUACCGGAGAAAAAACCAGAUGGUGCCGGCCAAAAACCGGUACUGCUACUACGACAGUCAGACUCUCACAAUUUUCACUUCGUCCCUCUACUUAGCUGCCCUCCUCGCGUCGCUGGUGGCGUCCACGGUCACGCGUAAGCUCGGCCGGAGGCUGUCCAUGCUCUCCGGCGGCCUGCUCUUCUGCGGCGGUGCCAUCAUCAACGCCUUUGCCGGAGCCGUUUGGAUGCUGAUUCUUGGCCGGCUUUUACUCGGCUUCGGCAUUGGGUUCACGAAUCAGUCUGUGCCCCUCUACCUCUCCGAGAUGGCUCCCCACAAAUACAGAGGCGCUUUGAACUUCUUCUUCCAGUUAUCAAUCACAGUCGGCAUCCUCAUAGCCAAUGUUGUUAACUUCUUCUCUGUGAAGAUAAAGGGUGGUUGGGGAUGGCGGCUGAGCUUGGGGGGAGCCAUGGUCCCUGCUCUCAUAAUCACCAUUGGAUCACUGCUCCUCCCUGACACCCCCAAUUCCAUGAUCGAGAGAGGACAACACGAUGAAGCAAGAAACAAACUCAGAAGAAUUCGUGGUGUUGGAGACGUUGAAGAAGAAUUUCGAGACUUGGUUGCUGCAAGUGAAGCUUCUAAACAAGUCAAAAAUCCAUGGAGAAACUUGCUGCUCAGGAAAUACAGACCCCACCUUUCUAUGGCCAUAUUGAUUCCUGCCUUCCAGCAGCUCACCGGCAUCAAUGUCAUCGUGUUCUACGCUCCGGUCCUGUUCAACACGAUCGGCUUCGAAUCGGAUGCUUCUUUAAUGUCUGCAAUCAUCACUGGGUGUUGGAAUGUGCUUGCCACCAUCGUUUCGAUUUACGGCAUCGAUAAGUGGGGGAGGAGGUACCUGUUUCUCGAGGGAGGAUUUCAAAUGUUGAUAUGUCAGAUUGUUGUAACAGCAGCAAUAGGAGCUAAAUUUGGGGUGAGUGGAACUGUAGACAAAUUGCCAGAGUGGUAUGCAAUUGUGGUGGUGCUUUUCAUUUGCAAUUAUGUCGCAGGUUUCGCUUGGUCUUGGGGUCCUCUUGGUUGGCUUGUCCCCAGUGAAAUUUUCCCUUUGGAAAUACGACCUGUCGCUCAAAGUAUCAACGUAUCCGUAAACAUGUUCUUUACAUUUGCAACAGCACAAGUGUUCUUGUCAAUGCUCUGUCACAUGAAGUUCGGUCUCUUCAUUUUCUUUUCUUUCUUCGUGUGUGUGAUGACGGUUUUCAUCUAUUUCUUCCUGCCCGAAACCAAGGGCAUCCCAAUUGAAGAGAUGGGUCGAGUGUGGAAGACGCAUUGGUAUUGGUCAAGAUUUGUGACCGAUAACGAUUACCAAACUGAAGGGGGGUUAGAGAUGAUAGAAGGAGCUCAAGUAGUUUUGACUGUGACACCAUCAUUGGAUGUGAUUUAUGAGUAUAGAACAUGUUAAUUGUUGGAUUUAAGGAUAUAGUAGAAGAGAGAUCAUAAAGGUGGGAUCUCAUCUGGUUUAAUGAGGAAGACCUUUUGUAACUUUUGUUUUCUCACAUUCAUCACCAUGAAUAAAGAUUUGGCUGAUCUUGCACAUUGGAUGUAA